AGAACCAAAAAUCGUUAUCGAAAAUGAGAAAAUCUGCUAUACACAUUCUCUCACAAGGGAUAUCAGUCAUCGUGUGAUUCAACAAAGUCAGAUUGGGGAUACAGAGCAUUCUGCUAUUGUAGCAUUAACAUUUCAAAACAAGAAUUAUUUUGCAAAACUAUUGCAAUUUCAAGGUGGACUUAGAAGCAAAUCUGUUGGUAAUACUAUUGGUGUAAUGGAUAAGUCAAAUGAUCGUGUCCAUUCAAAGUUGUUUGAACAAUCAUGCAUUGAUUACUCCAAAACGCAUCUACAUCUAAGCAUCCCAAACUAAAACAGUUCUAAUUUGCAUUACCAUCAAAUUCGCAACCACUACCAUCAACAAUUCAAUACACGAUAUUUGAAUGAAAUAUACUAAACUGUUCUUCAUAUCCUUAAGUGACUAGUAAAAAUACAAUAACACUGGUCAAACAAACCACCGUAUUGAACGGCUAAUCAGAAUUAUCAACAUUGUCAAAUAUGAACUCGAAGUCACCCCUUUCAAUACCUAACUUCAUUGGAAGUGGUUCAGCAUCACGGCCCCAAAGCCCAUCACUUUGCUCAAUACCUAACCAAGAAAAUGUAACGCUUUGUGGGUGUCAACAGGCUCCUAAAUCUCAAUGGGCAUCUGCCUUUGGAGUUCUUGUACUCGUAUUAGCGUAUACGGCCCUUGGAUCGGUUCUGUUUGUAUCUCUUGAAGGCGAAGUAGAAAAUGGAGAUAUGGUUGAAACUUCUGUCGCGGCAUCCAAACCGUAUCCUAGACAUGAUUUACCGAGUGCUGAAAUGCGACAUAAGACAGUGGAUCGGUUAUGGUCAAUCACCGAAGAUUUGAAUAUACUAUACAAAGAAAACUGGACACGCUUAGCUGCACAAGAAGUUCUGCACUUUCAGGACACAAUUCUUCGGGCGGUACGUGCAUCUCGAACACAGCAAGUGACAAAUGUUCAACAAAAUACGCGACCAUAUAAAUGGACUUAUGCUUCGGCCUUUUUAUAUUCACUAACAUUGAUAACAACAAUAGGAUUCAGUGGCAUCUCACCACGCACACAAUGGGGUAGAGUUGCGGCUCUCAUUUACGCGUUGUUUGGUAUACCAAUCAUACUUUUGUAUCUGUCAGCUAUCGGAGAAAGUUUAUCAAAUGGAAUGCGAUUCAUAUUUCGGCGUUUGAAACCCUUUCGUACAUCACAGGAGGUUGGUAACAGUGGUCAAUCAAUUGGAAAUGUUAACGUGACCGUGAGUGGCAAAAACAGCUCUUCUGAAGUUCAAAAGCGAUCUCAACUCUAUCAUCAAACGUGGAAUCACAGUGCAACUAUUCAUGAUCCUCAUACCUACGCUCUAAACACUCAUGGUUUGCGCAAAAGUAAAAUCAACCAUUUCAGACAUCCACAAUCCGUAGUGCCAAUAUCAAUUUGUGUAAUGAUAUUGAUCUGCUAUGUAACAUUUGGCGCUGUACUGUUUCAUAAAAUACAGCCAUGGGGCGUUUUAGAAAGUCUUUACUUUUGUUUCACUUCGCUCGGAACCAUAGGAUUUGGUGAUCUUAUGCCCAAGGGUAACCUUGCGCAAUAUACUGCGUCUGCUUACAUCAUUAUUGGCAUGGCAGUUGUGGCCAUGUGUUUUAGUCUUAUCCAAACGGAACUGAUAAUAUGGUUGAAAAAAUUUGCUAUUCCGGAACCUUCCACUACGGAAGACGUUGCACUUGUAUCUGCGACCAUGACACCGGUUAAAUCCUGACAACGAUAUAAUGAUUUCACACUCAACGAAUACAAUUCACUUCCUCGUCGUUCGAGCACGUUUCAUCGCAACACACCUGCCAGAAGGUCAACAGGAGUAAUGGAAAAUCAUAUGGAAUACUUCGUACCUCGUAGUGUUAGCGAAUUCAAUCUUUCUGGUGUCGGGGAUCUGGCGCUUCCACCGACAAAGCGAAGUAUAGUUUCUCAGCACGCAGUUAGCUCAACUAUGAUCUCCGUACCAAAACCGAGGGAAAAAAUGGUAACAUUUGAGGAUGAGUCCAAAUGUGUUCAUGGUAUACCAGGCACGCCAAGGAAAGGAACCCUGAGCAACGAUGUGUUUAUGUGACGAGACGAGUUUACCACUGAAGAAACGACGAAGCACCAAUGCUUGGAAGAUGUGAUUAAAGUUUGAAAGGCUCUAAGUAUCUUCUGCAAAUCUCAACUUUUCACUAAAAAGUUCCCACAAUUUGAUGCAGUUCAUGAAAAUCAUUCCUACAUGUUUCUGUCGUUCAAAUGCAGUUGAAGAAUACUUUUAUAACAUUUGUUAAGAUAUAAUCUUUAAAGAAGAAAUAAUUUAUUUCAUCAAAUGAAAGACACAGAUGAAUGAAGUCAAACUAAGACUUUUUAUAGCGAUGACCAAUAUUGUUUCAUACAACUGCAAUAGUUUUGAGGUUCCAUCUGUUUUUAUUCAAGUGAUCACGAAGAAAAUUCGGCAAAAGAAAGCUUUAUAUCUUUCAGAAACAAAAUGAUCAAAGGUGUGUAUUAGCCAAAUCUGUUACACUCAUUGAUAAUUACAGCAUAAACGGACGCAUACAAUUUAAAAGAAUACAAAUCUUAACAAUGUAGUCCGAAUCCGAAUAAUUUGUGUAGCGUUUACGUACACUGUACAUAGGGAGCUGAAAUGUGUUG